AUGGCAAUUGGGUUCAUGGAGGUGCAGCUUCUGAAAGCAAAAGGCCUGCAUAACACUGAUAUCUUUGGUAGAAUGGACCCCUAUGUUCUGAUACAAUACAAAGGCCAAGAGAAGAGGAGCAGUGUUGCUAAAAGACAGGGAAGAAAUCCGGUAUGGAAUGAGAAAUUUAUCUUCAGAGUAGAAUACCCUGGAUCAGGGGAUAGACACAAGCUCAUCCUCAAAAUUAUGGACAAGGACAGAUUUUCUAAGGAUGAUUUCGUUGGACAAACCAUAAUCUAUGUUGAGGAUUUAUUGGCCCUAGGAGUAGAGAAUGGAGGAGCUAAGCUACAGCCUCUCAAGUAUAGAGUGGUUCGUGCAAACCAGUCUUAUUGUGGCGAAAUUGAUGUUGCUAUUACUUUCACCCCAAAGGUGGAAGAAGAAUUUGUUGAAGACAUAGGAGGAUGGAAAGAAAGUGUCUACUAUCUGUCAUAG